AUGUUUCAUUCCAUCUUCUCAUAUUUGUGGUGGAUUUUCCCAACCCGAUCCGAAAAUCUUUAUGCAUCUUUAUUGAAGAAUAGCAUUGAUGAGAAUGACUUCAAAGCAGGAAUAUUGGAAAGUCUCUCAUUGGAUAUUGUGAUCGAGAUUAUAUCCUUUCUCGAUCGGUUUGAAUUUAUCAGAUUGUUUUCAGGAGUGAAUAAAUCCUUCUAUUCAUUAACAGAGGAUAAAAGAUUCUGGUUAAUAUUAGACCGUCAUGAUGAGAAAAUUCCUACUGUUACACAACCAAAUUCAAACUUCCAACCAAUACUAUGUUUUUCAAGAAUUGAAGAAUAUCUCAAAUCUUCUGAAAAGACAAGUUUCAAAACCAUUUACAAGAACCUUCUCCUCUCCCCUACCCCACACGAAUUGAAUCCAGUCUUUAAAAAUCGUUCUGCAAUUUAUAAUGUUGACACAGAUCUCAUUCCUGAAACAAAGAAAUAUAUUGCCCUCUUUGGACAAUCAAAUUCUGGAAAAUAUUCUCUGGGAAUUUGCUCUACGAGAGGUUAUUCAAGGCCUAGUGAUCAGAAGAGUGUUAUCAAGAUGGAUUUCUUCUUCAAAAGAGUACUGAUCAAGAUGGAAAAUCUAUCCUCUCAUCAUAAUGGAAAUAUUAGUGGAAUAUGCCAUACGAAUUUUGUAAUUGAAUGUUUUGGACAUCCUGAUUUUCAUUUGAAAUUUAGAAAUAAUGGAAUGGUUAGCAUGAAUAGUUUAUCACUGGGUAGUAGUCUUUCAAUCAUGUUUACAAUUGAUUUAUCAGUGAAAAAUAAUUAUUUUCUCUCUGAUUUAUCCAAAAUUUUGAAUCCUUUAUUUCAAGUUGAUAUUUCCAAAGAUUCUCCUCAGAAAAUUAGAAAGAAAAUGGGUAAUAAUAGACUCUGUAUAAUUGGAACCAAGAGUGAUAUUAGACAAUUGAGUGAACAAUCUCUGGCAAGUCAACUGAUGAAAGUUAUUGACACAAGUUGUGAAUUUUGGGAUCAAUCCAUCAUUUACAUUGAAACAAGUUCCAAAAAUCGUGAAAAUAUGGAUCAUCCCUAUCUAUUCUUUUCUCAAUCCAACAUUCAUUCCCAAAUCCAACCAAACUCAUCCCUGUAA